AUGCACCAACGUAUAGCAAUCCAAUCAUGCUUAGAACAGAGUGCAGUCAAACACAAGAGUCAACCUGCAGAGGAUUCUCUCAUAGGGAUUCAGCGUUGUCGCAGGAAUUCCGAUCCAGAACAUUGGCAACAGUUUCGGAAUCAACAGUAUAAUAAAUUCUUGACAUCAGGUAACAUGAAUGAAAAUCUAGAAGGUGAUUUUAGUGAGUCUGGAAGGCUACAAAAUAACCCUGGGAAUGAUGAAGCAGAUUAUGUGGGCACUCAGAUUAGCCGUCCAGUAACAAAAGAAACUGGAGCUUUAGAGUCUGAGUGUAAAUUCCAUGCAACUGAUCUCUCUGUCGGUAAAUCUCCUGAUUCAUUUGUUGACUGGAACAAUAUUGGUUAUGGAUGCAUGCUGCCAAAUAACGCCGUAUUCGGUCACUCUGUUACAGGUAAAACAGCACCAACAAGCUUCCCUGAUUGUAAUGUCUCCAAUUCCGUUUUCACAACAUUAGCUAAUCAGAACUACAGUUUUUGUCAGGCGAAAUUUUCACAAAGUAUUGAUACUUUAUCACAAUCUGAAAACAUAGUUGUUUCAAACGACUCAAUUACGCAACAACAGCAACAACGGGUUUGUUUCCGCCCUUCUCUUUUAUCAUCAUCUGAGCAUGCAGCUCCAAUUAUGUAUACAUCUGAUACUUGUUUUUCAUUACAUUAUAAUCAACCAAGUGUUCUGAACUCAUCAGAUAUGUCAACAUGUAAUCCUCCGGAGACAGCUCAUAAUGAUCAAACUGCAUUAGCUUAUGAACCGUUGGUUUGGUCUAAUGAUGAUGCAUCACUCAUGGGACCUCCUGACUCUAAGGGGAAGAUACAUUGUAUUCAGUCUGUUAACGAAGCAGAUUAUCUAGCCAAUACUGAUCUUACUUGUCAUGUUGGUAAUAGUAAACCUCAGUUAGUUUCAGAUGUAUCUGUAAAUGAGUUAGCUUCAUAUAUGGAGCAUAUGGUGCAUAUUCCAGGUCGAAUGUCUGAAAUGGCUCAAAGAAUGUAUCUUUAA